GUCGAGUUCCUCGUCCCAUUCUCUCAUUCGACAACUUUGUACGAUGCCAGAAGCUCCGAUGACGCGUCCUCGCCUCUCGAUACCGUCGUUUUCGCUUCGUCGACGCCCGUCGCUCAGCACCAAGUACCGUCUCGGCCGCGUUCUCGGAACCGGCGGCUCGGCGAUCGUUCACGAAGCCGAGCAUCGCCGGUCUGGCGCCAAAGUUGCCAUCAAAGUGCUCACCAAUGCCGACGCCGCCGCAACCGCUGAGGCCGCGCUGCUUCAGUCGCUGGACCACCCCAACAUUGUCCGAUGCACUGAAUGUUUUGAGGCUACCGACGGCCCUUGUGUCGUGCUCGAGCUCCUGUCCGGUGGCGACCUAUUCAACCGGUUUCAGUACCAGCGGCGCUUUGCCGAAGACGACGUGCGUCAUGUGGUCUAUGGCGUCUUGAGCGCACUUGCCUACUGCCACGCGCGCAGCCUCGUGCACCGCGACAUCAAGCUCGAAAACAUCCUGUUUGACAACCACAAUACCGUCAAACUCGCCGACUUCGGAUUUGCCACAUAUGCACCCAGUGCGUUGACGCGGGCGUGCGGCACGCUCGGGUUUCUUGCGCCCGAAGUCGCCCACGCACAGCCGUAUGGGACGCCAGUUGACAUUUGGGCCACGGGCAUUGUCAUGUUUACGCUCGUGUUUGACCGCCUUCCGUUUGGCACGUCGUUCGAGACGCUGCACGGGCUCACUCAUGCGUCGACGGUCCCGUACCCGCCGCAAAAGAGCGGCCGGCUCUCGGCGAAUGCCCGCCGUGUCCUCGAGGCCAUGCUCACAGUCGACCCGGCCAAGCGCGCGACGGCGGCCGAGCUGCUGCAGGAUCCGUGGUUCCAACAUGGGCCAACGCCAUCGUGGCUGGCGUCACCGACAGCAGCGCCAAAGAAGCUCGGUUUUUGGGCCAAAUUGCGUCCUCGCUUUAUGGCCAAUGCCGCCUAGAUACACUGUAAUUUCUACAAUUAUUUACGCUA